GCAGCGCGAGUCCCGUGGCGUGCUGGUCUCGCGCGGUGACGUCUCAGUAUUUUCGGAUUUUAUUCCGGAAGAGAGGUUUCCGGUCUGAUCGGUGCGCGUGCGGGUUCUGUUUGCGACGGCCGGAAGCGCACGAGCUUGUGUUGUUGUGUUGGUUCGUCGCGCGCGCUGAUGGCUGAGUACGAGGCGCAGUUCGCGAGCCGCUUCACCGAGGAAGAUGAGGAGUUCCAGCAGCGCGUGCGGAGCGGAGCUCAGGAGCCGCCGGUGCUGGAAGGCUGGAGGAGCGCGCGAGGAGGAGGCGGCGGAGGCGCGCGCUACAGAGACACGCGGUUUCAGGACAGUGGUUAUCGUAGGAGCAGAGACUGGGCGGGACCACCUGGCUGGAGAUCAGGACCUGGAGGAAACCAGCAUAACUCAGCUAAUCAGAGACAUCAGCGUUACUGACCGGCCAAUCAGACACGGUGUCACCACCGCUACUGACCGGCCAAUCAGAGACAGCAUCACCACCGCUUCUGACCGGCCAAUCAGAGACAGCAUCACCACCGCUUCUGACCGGCCAAUCGGAGACAUCACCACCGCUACUGACCGGCCAAUCGGAGACAUCACCACUGCUACUGACCGGCCAAUCAGAGACGGCGUCACCACCGCAUCUGACCGGCCAAUCGGAGACAUCACCACCGCUACUGACCGGCCAAUCGGAGACAUCACCACUGCUACUGACCGGCCAAUCAGAGACGGCGUCACCACCGCUACUGACCGGCCAAUCAGAGACGGCGUCACCACCGCUACUGACCGGCCAAUCAGAGAUGACAUCACCACCGCUACUGACCGGCCAAUCGGAGACAGCGUCACCACCGCUGAUAGUGCUGCAUCCUGUUCUCUCCGUGGUCUCUGUGACAAGCAGAGAGGAGACGGAAUAACAGACUCAUUAAAAUACAUUCGUUACUCUGCAGUUUAGUUAUUUUUGUUGCUGAUACAGAUUUAGGUUUUAAUAAAGGGACCACCCCCCACCCCCCCAAUAAUUUGUAAUCACAUCAAAUGUCACUUUUUGUUUACUUGUGAAAACAUUGUUGAAUAAACAGAAGUCAAAGCAUU